AAGAUUCGACUCAAAGGAACGAUUCCGACAUCACUGAUCUCUGGCUGAGCUUGAGCUCUCUCAAUCAAAUCCCAGAGACGAGGAGUAGGAAGCUCUGUGGAGACAGACAUGUAAGAUGGCAGAGCUGCAGAUGUUACUAGAGGAAGAAAUCCCCGCCGGUAAACUAGCUCUCGUGGAGAGUUACCAGAACCUCACGAGGGUCGCGGACUACUGUGAGAAUAAUUAUGUUCAGGCACAGGAUAAGAGGAAAGCAUUGGAGGAGACCAAAGCCUACACCACCCAGUCCCUGGCAAGUGUGGCCUAUCAGAUCAAUGCCUUAGCCAACAAUGUCCUGCAGCUGUUGGAUAUCCAGGCCUCGCAGCUGCGCAGGAUGGAGUCCUCCAUUAACAACAUAUCUCAGACGGUAGACAUCCAUAAGGAGAAGGUUGCCCGACGAGAGAUUGGCAUCCUGACAACGAAUAAGAACACAUCAAGGACUCAUAAGAUCAUCGCUCCGGCCAACCUAGAGCGGCCGGUGAGGUACAUCAGGAAGCCCCUCGACUUCACCGUACUGGAUGAUGUGGGGCAUGGAGUGAAGUGGCUUAAAGCCAAGCAACACGGCAACAAUCAGUCAGUCAGAGGAGGAACUCUCUCCAGGACCAAUCCCCCAACACAGAAACCUCCCAGCCCACCCUUGGCAGGACGAGGCACUCUUGGGCGUAACAAUCCUUAUAAAACGCUUGAGCCGGUGAAACCUCCAACAGUGCCCAACGACUACAUGACGAGUCCAGGUCGCUUGGGCAGCCAACACAGUCCAGGACGCACCGCGUCUCUAAACCAGCGGCCGAGAACCCACAGUGGCAGCAGCGGGGGCAGCGGCAGUCGAGAGAACAGUGGCGGCAGCAGCAUUGGCAUUCCCAUCGUCGUGCCGACUCCCUCCAUUCCCAACUCAGUCCCAGUCACACCCUCAUGGGCAGCUCCACCCCCAGCCCCCCCUCCUCCACCCCCCCUCUUCAGCCAGGGCCCACCAAUGCCAGCCGCUGCUAUAGCUGUGGCUGCGGGGCCAGGUCUGGGGCCCAUCCCCAUGUCGCAGUUCGGCACCAUAUCUCGGCAGAUCUCCCGACACGGCUCCAGCACCUCCUCCGUGUCCAUGGUGUCUGCCACGGGCACAUACCGCCGAGCGCCGUCCGUCUCGUCCCAGUUCUCCCUGCAGCAGCCGCACAUUAACGGGGGAACCAACGCAAUGUCUAUGGGCCCCCCUCCUCCCCCCAUGCCUCAGCUCACCCCACAGAUCCCUCUCACAGGGUUUGUGGCCCGAGUACAGGAAAACAUUGCAGAUACCCCGACUCCUCCCCCUCCUCCUCCCCCUGAUGACAUGCCCAUGUUUGACGAGGCUCCGCCUCCACCACCGCCUCCACCAAUCGACUAUGAAGAUGAAGAGGCAGCUGUAGUGCAGUACAGUGACCCCUAUGCAGAUGGAGACCCUCAGUGGGCCCCCAAGUCCUACAUUGAGAAGGUGGUUGCCAUCUACGACUACAGCAAGGAUAAGGAUGAUGAACUGAGCUUCAUGGAAGGAGCCAUUAUCUACAUCAUCAAGAAGAAUGACGACGGCUGGUUCGAGGGCACCUGCAGCGGCGUCACUGGGCUGUUUCCCGGAAACUACGUGGAGUCCAUCAUGCACUACGCCGACUGAAGAGAGCGGACCUAAAAUCAUUCAUACCCAACCAAUCAGAUCUGGACCACAGAACAAACCGUGUACAAGCACUAAAUGUUUGUUCCUCACACAUGGCGAAUCAUGAAAACUGAUGAACUUUUACUUUCUGGUGAUGGGUGGAUGUGGGGAAACGGAACGAGCAGCGAUUCAGAGGACGUCAGUGUACAUCAGCCUGUGGGUGUCUGUAGUGAAUGUCAAUCACAGGAUCUUCUAAACAACACAACUAAAGCUUGACCAUUUAUUUGAUUUCCUUUACUACUUCUCUCCAUAGACAUUUUUUUGGAUGCAAAAAAAAAUCCUCCUAUUAUAAACUAAUUAAUUUUAGUGUUUUAUCUUAAAGCACCACGUCAUUGCCCCAAAUGUAUCAAAAUAUUGACGUAAAGCAUGCAUACAAAAUUAAACAAUUUAUUAUAACCUAAACAUUAAAUUCCGUUCUGCUUUCAUAUUUGUAUAAUAUACAACACACAUUUUUAUAUAUAGGCAUUUGUAGACUAAUUUUUAUGCUCUAUUUUUUUUUUUUUAAUUGAUAUAAAAUACUUUUUUGGUGGGGGGUGGAGGGGGGUGGGGUAAUGAAUGCAAAGCACAGAUUGUUUUUUUGUUUUUUUUAUCAAUUUUUAUAUAUUUUUUAGUUAAUGCCACAAUAAGUAAAGUAUUUGCUACAAUGAACAAACAUGAAUUCUGUUUAGAUAGAUUCAAUAUUUAGUCUGUAAUGUAUCUAAAGGUCUCUAAUCAAUACACAUCACAAAUCUUGCAAUGCUGGACUUUUUUUUUUUUUUCGUGCCAUGGUCCUGUAACAAGUAAUUGCUGCAUGAUUUCACAGUAUCAAUAGUAUCACAGUAUUUUACCAAUACUGUGUUUGGUGCAUUAUACAAUGAACUGAGAAGUAUCAGAGUCACAGUCUUGAGAUCUGAACUGGUCUGGUUACUCUACUCAGGUCUGGCAUUAAUUCCUCCUUUUAAAAUGUGUUUUUUUUUUUUUUUCUCCAUUCUUUGAGCUGUUUUAGGGGUCAUACAGUCUAAGAACCGAUUACAGAGAUUUCAUUAAACUAUGUCUGACCCGUCAAGUCAUUUCAGGUGUUUAAAGCUAAUGCCUUGAUUCUUUUUUUUUUUUUUUUGGUCAUAAUGAAACAUUUGAAGUUUUCCAACUUAUUUCCAUCUGUGCUGAAGAUCAUCUCAGCUCAGAAUGUGUAUUUAUAAUGUUAAUUGAAAUUUAAUUGUACAGUCUUUUAUAAUAAAUCAUUCUAUGUAAAA